CCUAAAAAUCAUUCGGGAAUUCAACCGGAUCAAGCAGUUCCAUCACAGAUUCGCAGUAUCAUCUUCCCUGAGAGACCCACUUCGUCUUCGCCGGCGAGGGUUCGAUAGCUCUCCGGCAUCUUCACGGUAACGGCGAACCUCCUCAAAAUUUGACCCAAUGGCUUUCACUUGUGUUAAGUGUUAUCCAUGGCCUCUCCCGCACGCUCCCCUCUCUUUUUCCUCUAAACCCAUCUCCAAUUCCUCCAUCUUCUUUUCUGCGUCAGUUUCUGAUCACCUCGCCUCCACUUCUUCGUCCAAUAGUGUUUCAUGUUCACCAAAUGUUCAUCAUCUUCCUCCUGAUUUCACUCCGAAGCAGCUUAUCGAGACCCUUCGUCGCCAGAGGGAUGAAGUGGCGGCCCUUCGCGUAUUCAAUUGGGCUUCGAAGCAGCCCAACUUCGUGCCUAGUUCGUCGUUCUACAAGGAGAUUCUUCGCAAGCUUGGAAAGGCAGGAUCAUUCGAGUACAUGAGGUGCGUCUUGGAGGAAAUGAAGCUCAUUGGCUGUGAGGUGGAUAGAGGUAUUUUCUUGAUUUUUGUUAAGAGUUAUGCAAAAUUUGAGCUGUAUGAUGAAGUUAUGGGUAUUGUUAAAGAAAUGGAGGAUGAAUAUAGGAUAAAACCAGAUACCUGUUUCUAUAAUGUAUUGUUGAAUGUUCUUGUGGAUGGCAGCAAGCUUAAACUUGUGGAAUCUGCGCAUUCUAGCAUGGUUAGAAGACGAAUUAGGCAUGAUAUUUCAACGUUUAAUAUUUUGAUAAAAGCCCUUUGCAAGGCUCAUCAGGUUAGGCCUGCCAUUUUGAUGAUGGAAGAGAUGCCGAGUUAUGGCUUGUCUCCUGAUGAGACCACAUUCACAACUAUAAUGCAGGGGUUCAUUGAAGAGGGAAAUUUGGAUGGUGCACUGAGAAUUAAAGAACAUAUGGUAGAAUAUGGGUGCCUCUGUACUGAUAUCACUGUUAAUGUCUUGAUUAAUGGGUUCUGCAAACAGGGUAGAAUUGAUCAAGCCUUGAGUUUUAUUCAAGAAUCUGAAAAUGAAGGAUUUCGUCCCGACCAGUUUACAUAUAAUACUCUCGUGAAUGGUUUGUGCAAGGUGGGUUGUGCUAAGCACGCAAUGGAAGUCGUAGAUGCAAUGCUUUUAGGAGGAUUUGAUCCUGAUACAUAUACAUACAACUCUCUGAUUUCUGGACUGUGUAAGCUAGGUGAAAUUGAUGAGGCUGCUAAGAUUCUGGAUCAUAUGGUUUCAAGGGACUGCUCCCCAAAUGCUGUCACCUACAAUACUAUAAUUAGCUCAUUGUGUAAGACGAAACGAGUUGAAGAGGCCACGGAAAUAGCUUGUUUUCUCUCGAGAAAGGGAGUUUUACCAGAUGUUUGUACAUUCAAUUUUUUGAUACAGGGUCUCUGCUUGUCUAACAAUCACAGGAAUGCUAUGGAGCUUUUCGAGGAAAUGAAGGGUAAAGGAUCUCAACCAGAUGAGCUUACGUACAAUAUGUUGAUUGACAGUCUUUGUUCGAGUGGCAAACCGGAGGAAGCUUUAAAACUUUUAAAAGAAAUGGAGUCGAGUGGCUGUGCACAUAAUGUCGUUAUCUAUAAUACAUUAAUUGAUGGGUUUUGUAAGAACAAGAGGAUUGAAGAAGCAGAGGAGAUAUUUGAUGAGAUGGAACUUCAAGGGAUUUCUAGGAAUUCAGUGACCUACAACACUCUUAUUGAUGGUCUUUGUAAAAGCAGGAGGAUGGCGGAUGCUGCUCAUUUAAUGGACCAAAUGAUAAUGGAGGGCUUGAAGCUUGAUAAAUUCACCUACAAUUCAUUCCUCACUCACUUUUGCAAGACUGGGGACAUUCAAAAGGCAUCAGAUAUAGUUGAAACCAUGACCUUAAGUGGAUGUAAUCCCGACAUCGUCACGUACGGGACCCUUAUUAGUGGUCUCUGUAAGGCAGGAAGACUUCAGGUUGCGAGUCGGCUUCUCCGAUCAAUUCAGAUGAAAGGGAUGGUUCUUACACCACAAGCCUAUAAUCCUGUUAUCCAAGCAUUGUUCAAGCGGAACAGAACUCAUGAAGCCAUGAGACUUGUCAGAGAGAUGUUAGAGAAGGCUGAUCCUCCAGAUUCAUUAACGUAUAAGAUUGUUUAUCGUGGUCUCUGCAAUGGCGGAGGGUCGAUCGGGGAAGCCGUGGACUUCACGAUCGAGAUUAUAGAGAAAGGUAAUAUACCUGAAUUCUCAUCAUUUGUUAUGUUGGCUGAAGGUCUGUGUAGUUUAGCGAUGGAGGACACCCUUGUAAAGCUUGUGGAUAUGAUAAUGGAGGAAGCUAGAUUCUCAAAGAGUGAGAUUUCGAGGAUAAGGGGUUACCUUAAAAUCAGAAAAUUUCAUGAUGCAUUGUCCACUCUUGGAGGUAUCUUGGAGGACCUGUACCCCAUAAAAACGUAUCGUGGAAGAUGAGAAUGAAGUGUUGUAAUUUGUAUGAACUA